AUGAUGUGGGUGACGGCGGUACUACUGUGGGUCCGGUGCGCUGCCUCGCUGAAGCUGCAGCAUCAGCAGCAUCAGCAGCAGCAGCUGGAGACGCCGGCGCGGUACGACUUCGUGGUGGUGGGCGGCGGCACGGCGGGCUGCGCGCUGGCGGCGCGGCUGUCCGAGGUGCGCGGCUGGCGGGUGCUUCUGCUGGAGGCUGGCGGCGCGCCGCCGCAGGCCGCAGAUGUGCCGCUGGCGGCCAGCAUCGCUGCGGGCCCGGGCUCGCCCCUCGACUGGGGCUACCGGGCGGAGCGCGAUGCGCGCUUCUGCCGCGCCAUGGAGGGCGGCCGCUGCCGCUGGCCCCGCGGCAGGGCGCUGGGCGGCAGCUCCGCCAUCAACUUCAUGAUCCACUCCAGGGGCAGCCCGCACGACUACGACCACUGGGCCAGGCUGGGCAACCGCGGCUGGGCCUACCGCGACGUCCUGCCCUACUUCCGCAAGAGCGAGGACGCGCGGCUGCCGGCGGACUUCGGCGCCUCGGCGGAGUUCCGCGGCUUGGCCGGGCCGGUGCCGGUGCGGCCCGCCGCCUGGCGCUCUCCGCUGGCGCCGAUGUUCGUCGCCGCCGCGCAGCAGGCCGGCCUGCCCCGGAACGACCCCAACGGGCCGCACCAGGUCGGCGUCAGCUUCGUACAGGUCAGCAGCGCGGCGCAGUCUAAGUUCACAAAGUGA